AUGUUAGUUGGAGGUUCUCAUCAACGGCGUUUACUUAAAGAUCUAUUUACUGAAGAGCAACAUAACAAACUUGAACGACCAGUUCAAAAUGAUUCAGAAGCUCUGUCUGUCGAUUUGAAAUUUAGUCUUAUGCAAAUCGUUGACUUUGUAAAUGAGAUUAAAAUUCGAUUUUGCUUUAUUCUUUCGUAUUUUUAUAUGAAUAGGACGAGAAGAACUAUGUCCUUACAACUAAUGCCAUGGUUAUACUGGUAGGUAUGUUCACCGAGAAAGUUGAUAUUUUUUCACAUAUAUGUAUAGACGUGGCAGGAUUACUAUCUGAUCUGGAACCCGGAAGAUUAUGGUAACAUUACACAGAUAGUGGUGCCAAGCACAAAAAUUUGGAUUCCCGAUAUUGUUCUGUAUAACAGGUAGGACUAGAAAAAAUGUUUGUUAGAAAUGCAGAUUGCUUUUUUGUGAAGUGUCGAUGAGAAGUCCGACAGACCAACGAAAAUCAACGUGGUUAUACGGCAUACCGGAGAUAUUGUGUAUGUUCCGAGAAGAAUAUUCAAGUCAAGUUGUUCGUUCAAUAUUACAUCGGUUCCGUUAGUAAGUGUCUCUUACUCUGAAAAAUCUUUGAUUCAUAUCUCAUUUUAUCAUGAAUAUUUAUAUUUUAUUGGAUGCGUAUUCCUGCAGCUUGAAAUUUGGGUCAUGGGCAUUUGACCAGUCUGGUACGUGUUUGAAAAUAUUUUAUUCUAUUUCGUACAAGACCAAAGAUACAAAUAGAACAAUUGAAAAGAUCUGAAUCAUUGAAAAUACUGCGGUUCUUAUGAAAAACAUACGAUACCAUUGUGAUUUCGAUUUUUUUUUCGUCCAUAUUUAGCUUCCAUCACAAAUUUUCAGCAUACUCUGCAUGAUUAUUAUUUAGGAAUCAAUCUGACAAUGCAAAGCAAAGAAAUUGAUCUGUCUUCAUAUAUCAAAAAUCCAUACAAUGGGCUAUUUAAUUUCAGUCUGAAUUUAUCAAAUAAAAAUAAUACUUUAUUUCAAACUGAAACGUGAGUCUAGGAGUGAGGGGGGUGGGUGACUGAGGGUGUGGGUGUUGGUC